GGAUCCUUCUAGUUGUUCAAAAUAAUAAAGAGCCUACUAAUGAUAAUGACAAUGAGUUAAUGGAAGAGAUGAAAGUGGAUAUUGAAGCACUUAAUUUUCGAAAUACGAUGGAUCUUGAAGUCUAUAUUAAUUACUCAGAGGAGGAAGACACAAAUGAAAUCUUGAAUGAACAGGAAAUUUUAACUUUGGUCACUAACAUAGAACCCAAGAAUGAUUCAAAUGACAACAAUAGUGAAGACGAAGACAACAGUAGAGAAAUCCCUCUUAUUACCUACUACGAGGCGCUAAAUGCCAUAAAGGUGCUAGAACAUUACCUUAUGCAACAGGAUCUAAGUGAUAAAGACCAGUUGGACCAUGACCAAGCUUUAUUAAAGUUACAAAAAACAAUCAGAAAAAGUCAAAGUGUGUCUUUUAAACAA